GAGAGUAAAUAGAGAGAGAAGCCUCAAGAUGGCUGACUCGCAGGGCUCCGUUCACCUCACCGGAGCUGCUGCUGCUGCAACUGCGGUAGCCCCGGCGGUCGCCCCCGUUAAAAACCCGCUUACCAAGCCGACAGAGGGGAAAGGAGCCUCUGACAACCGCUCUCACACUUCCCGGGAUUGUAACGCGCCGCCGCCGCCGCCGCCCAAGAAGGUCCGAGUCGAGGAGCGGAGCAUCAAACCCAAGAAACUCACCGGCAGCGGGAGAGAGAAACUCCAACAGCCGAGUUACGGCAGCUUCAGCUCGGUGCCUGCCACCGGCGGAUCCCAGCCACCGACAAACACACACAAAGUCUUCAAACAGAGCGAUUUCUUCCUCCACAAGCCACCUUCUUCUUCUACUACUACUUCUUCUUCUUCUUCUUCUUCCUCCUCCUCAUCCAAACCCAAGAAGCCAAGCAAAGACAAACAGCGGGAGAAAGAGAGGGAGAAGGGGAAAGGAGGCGGAGAGGAGAAAAAGAAACAACAUAAACAGCAGCCGUUGUUGUUGACCUCCGGACCCGGGAGUAACGUUAGCAACAACGAUAUCAGCAGAUUCAACAACAACUCUGCAGUGAAGAGAGAAAAUGGGGAGGUCAUAUUGCCACCAAAAGAGCACUCCGCCAAGGACAAGGCAAAAGAGAGAGACCGAGAGGAGAGGGAGAAGAAGAAGGUCAAGGAAAAGGAGAGGGAGAAGAACAAGCACAAGGUGAUGAACGAGAUCAAGAGGGAGAACGGAGAGGUCAAGCAGCCAAUUAAAGAUGAAAAAGAGAAAGCCAAGAUCAACUUAGAGGAGCUGCAAAUGAAAAAAGUGAAGAAGAAAAAGAAAAAGAAACACAAAGAGGGGGAGAAGCACAAACGAGUCAAGAUGUACCACCGCUCAUGCCAAACCAUUUGCGCCGGCCUGCUUGCCUCCCCGCCUUCCUCUCCUCCCCCCACCUCUUCCUCAUCUUCAUCCUCCAAUCCUGCACACAACUCCUCCCCAUCUCCCUUUAAGUCUCCGCUACCCGUUAACUCUCCAUCUAAUAACAAAAAUGCACAUCUCCUGCCCUCCGUCGCUUCUCUUGCUUCAAAAUCCCUCUUUAACUCCUCUGCACCUGACUUUCUCAACUCUCCGUCAUCCUCCAUCACGACUCCACAACCUUCUCCGACCAAACACCUGCCGCAUUGCACGUACCCUGGCUUGUCGGGCCUAGAGUUUGCCUCUUACAUCCACAUAGAGACCCAACCGAACGGAGGGGCCCUGGUGGCCCACGCCUACAUGUCCCAGCUCUCCUCUCUCUCCAUGGGCCAGAGGCAGAGAUUUGCCCAGGAGUUUGUCACCUUGGCGUUCAGCGAGGACUCAUCCCAGGCAGCACAUUACGUCAUGGGUAUCGUCCACGGGGAAGCAAGCUACCUGCCCGACUUCUUGGACUACUUCUCAGCCAACUUCCCUUCAACUGCUGUAAAAAUGGAAAUACUGGGAAAGAAGGACAUAGAAACCACCACGAUGGCAAAUUUCUACUCUCAGACUUUCACAAAACUUUCCAUGAACACAGAACCAACUGAGAAACCAUCACACUGCAGCCUUUCCCUGACAGGUUCACGUAAAUCAUUCAUGCACAAGGAGGCUGUUGUGCCUCUGCGCUGCUCCACCAAUGAGGUGAAGAACCUGCUUCAGUCCCUGCCGAGGACCAGCGAGCCCAGAGAGCUGUUGUUUGAGGAUCGGACUCGAGCCCACGCCGACCACAUCGGACAGGGUUUUGAACGUCAGACCACAGCAGCCGUCGGCGUGCUGAAGGCCGUUUGCUUCGGAGAAGGCUCAGAGCCUCCGUGUGUAACCAAAGACGUUGUGUGUUUCCACGCUGCUGAUUUCCCCUAUGUAGUUCAGAGGCUGCAGUUGGACUUACAUGAACCUCCUCUGUCUCAGUGUGUACAGUGGGUGGAUGAUGCCAAACUCAACCAGCUGCGUCGGGAGGGAAUCCGCUACGCCCGCAUCCACCUGUGCCACGAUGACGUCUACUUCAUCCCCCGCAAUGUGGUCCACCAGUUCAAGACCGUGUCGGCCGUCUGCAGCCUGGCGUGGCACAUCCGCUUAAAGAAGUACCACGGAGGAGAGGGAGAGGAGGAGGAGGAUAUGGAGGCAGAGGUGAAGGAAGAGGAGGAGGAGGAGGAAGAGGAGGCAGUUGAGUUCAAGGAGAAGGAGAUGGUGGAGGAGGAGAAGGAGGGGAAGAGUGAAAAGAAGGGUGAGAAAGGAGCGAAGAUGAGGAUAAAGGAGGAGCAGGACGUUCGAGUAAACAGGACGUUGCCGGCUGUUAAGGUGGAGGAAGAGGAUCAUCAUCUUCCUCACCCUCAACACCCAGCUGUGGUUUCUCAGCCUGCUCGCUCAGAGGACUCGGACUCGAGCGACACAAGAGACAGAGAGGAGAAGAGGGGGAAAGAGGGGGGGAAACCCAAACGGCAGGAUUCACCUCCCGCUAAGGUGAAAGCAGAACUUCCAGCACCUCCUCCCUGCAAGAGUAAAUCCCCCUCAACUCUCCCUCUGUCACCUCCUGCCUCUCAUCCUCCUCAUCAGGACGCAAAACCCAAAGCAUCAUCAAAACAUCAUCACUCACAUCAUCACCACCAUCAGGACAUCAGAACGACGUCUUCCAGUCCGAGGUCCUCCUCUUCGGCUCCCAAAUCCCCCUUCUCUCCAUCUGUCUCCAAGUCUUCCUCCUCUUCUUCUUCUUCAUCAUCUUCUUCUGGAUCUACUGUCACUCCCAUGCGAUCCUCUUUUUCUGCUCCCAGUCCAUCCUCUCCUGUUGUGUCCACCUCCUCGACAUCAUCCCUCACUACUCCCAGGUCUUCAGCGGACUCUCACUCCAAGCAUCGCCCCCCCUCGAAUCCCUCCGCCCUCCCCCCAUCUUCCUCUCAGUCGGACAAACCGAAGGAAAAAGACUCGCAAAAAAUUCCUUCAGACUCACGGACACAGUCGGAAGUUCGAGCGUCACACAAGUCGCAGGCCAAAGGAAAACACAGCGGGGACGCACAGACACACGCUCGAAGUGCGGCGGAAGCACGGACACACACGCCGCCGGAGAAAUGGACUCGCGGCUCCGACCAGGACUCGCAGCUGCUUCCUCCGCAGGGCACGCCGAGGCAAGGACUUUACAUGCAGCAAUACACACCCCAGCAUCUCCCACCUCCUCCUCCUCCUCAUCAUCAUCAUCACCUCCCUCAGAUGCUCCCUCCUUCCUUCCCCCCUCUCCUGCCACACUCCCACCUUCCUCACAGACCUCCCAUCCUCCCCCCGAACUCCCCCCAAACUCAACCUCUGAACUCUUUCCUCGGUCACAAACCGGCGCCGCAUUCGGUUCACAUGAGCCAGCUUCACCUGCCCCCCCCGCACCAACCGAAUAUCACCACCCAGUCUCAGCCCUAUUACCCCCAGCCUCCCCUAAUCGCCCCCCAUACCUCCCCCUCUCAGCCCAACGUUCCCCUCACCAGCUCGCACUCUCACCUCCCUCACGCUCACCAGUACGCCAAAACCUACUUCCCCCCUCAGCAUCCCCACUUCCCCUCUCACCACUUCCUCCCCCCUCAGUCGUACCUUUCCCCCCCGCCGCCCAGCUCCUUCCCGCUACAGUACCAAACCUCAGCACCACCAGCGCAGAUUCAGCCCCCUCUGUCUCAGUCUUUCCCUCGCCCCCCUCCUCCGCCUUCCUCCUCACAGUCGCCACCUCCCCCUCCUCCUCCCCCGCUUCCACCUCCACCUCCUCAGCCUUCCCUGUCUGUCCUCUCCCUGCCCCCGAAGCAUGAAGAGGAGCAGAAACAGAUUUUAUAGUAGUAUUUUGUACAUAACGAUGCUGUUUCUAAACGACUGUACGUGUACAGGGUUUUAUUUUGGCGGUGUUGUUGUAAAACAAUGUAAAAAGAAAAGAGGAAAGACAGUAUCGUAGUUUAUAAAGCAGAGUUGGACUUUAUUUGCCCCAGACCUCUGAACUGGACUGGUUUUCGAUUGUACUGAAUUUGAUGCUUGGUUGCGCUCGAGUUCAAAAACAUUGAGAAUUUAUUGCGUUUUACUGGUAGUUUUGGUGGUUAGUCGUGUACGGGUGCGCCACUUCUGACUUUGAAGAGGAGAAUUAUUCUUUCAGGAUCAAGGUUUGAAUGUGCUCCCGGUUUUUGUCAAGUCUGCCAAACUGCUGUCUGUUUUGUUUUGUUUUUAAUAUUAUUAUUAUUAUUAUUAUUAUUAUUAUUAUUAUUAUUAUUUUGUUGUCAGAGAAACCCUCUCAAAUAUCAGAAUAUCUGUGAGCCAUCACAGGCAGGAAGAGAAUUUUAAAAAAGGUAAAUUUCUUCAGACAUAUUUAUAAAAAAAAGAUCUCGAUGACCUUUUUUGUGAAACUUGCAGCUAAUGCUUCCAUUUUUGUGACUUUUUUUCUAGUUUGUGCCCAAGACUGUUUCUGAAAUAAUGAUGGGUCAAACCGUGAUGUAAUAUUACUACAUUUCUUCUACUAUAUUGUGUUGAUACACCUCAGUCAAUACAGAACAUCACAGUACUUUUCCCUGAUAUUGUAAUUUGAGCAAUAAUGCUCCGCAAUAAUCUGCUGAAUAGAAAACUGCAUCUCCCAUCGAUUAAUAUGGCAACUGCGAGUAUCAGUAUUUUUUUAUUCUAAUUUCAAAGCUACUGAUAAAAAGCCAGUAAUGUCCUGUUGACAGAUGUUCACUGAGGAGUCAUCAUGUUGAAACAGAAUCAGUUUCAGUGUUUUAUUUGUGCUACUAAACAAAAGGAGAACCCUGUUUAAACUUUAAAUCAGUAUAAUAACCCACAGUAUACACUUUACACUGUACUGAAACCACAGAGAGAGUCACAGUCUAAAGUAUUGAGAUGAUCUUGUAGCUCCUCACCAGUGGCAGAGCUCUUGGUGUAAUUUGCUGUGUGUUUUCACUUGUCUGUUGGACCCGUACCAGUGCCUCCUAAUUUUGGAAAGCGAGCACUUUCUUCUCAGCCAAGGAAGAAUUCGACCCAGCCAAGGCUGCUACACAAAUAAGCCUUCAGAGUCUCAGGAAAAAAAAAGAAAAAAAUCAGGACACAUUCAUGAAUAUUCUGGUCUCUUUAAGAGGAAAAAACAACAAAAAAUUAAAUCUUGAUCCACUGGUUUUACUCAUUCAGGGUCACUUAAAAA